ACACAUUGCGGUCACACUGUGUAUUGAUGCCGAAGUGAAAAAACGAGCGGAAAGUUGCGAGCGGAUAAAAUUGUUUUUUCGCACGCCAAAAAGGAGAAACAAAUGCUUGCGUUGUUGGCAAGCGGAUCGAGCAGAAGCAGCAGCAACAACAAACUGGCCGAAUCGGAAAACUCAGCGCAAAACUCCAACAACAUGAGUUGGGGCACCGAGCUAUGGGAUCAAAACGAGAAUCUGGCGAUACACACAAACAGAGGCAUCGAUGCUCUGGACAAGUUUGCCAACUUCUUACGCGAUCGAGUGGCCAUAGAAACGGAAUAUGCCGGCAAAUUAAGGCGCCUAGUGAAAAACUACCAGCCCAAAAAGAAGGAGGAGGAAGACAAUGAAUUCACAUCGGUGCAAGCGUUCCGCAAUCUGCUCAAGGAGGUGGGCGAUCUGGCGGGACAGCGCGAGGUGGUGUCCGAGUCCCUGCAGCUGCAGAUCAUUGCGGGAGUGACGCUUCUGUCCAAGACAUUGCGCGAGGAACGCAAGAAAUGCCUUAGCGAUGGUGCCACCCUGCAGCAGAACCUCACCACACAGCUCUCCUCGCUGGACCGGGCCAAGCGGAACUACGAGAAGGCCUACCGUGACUCGGAGAAGGCGGUGGACAGCUAUAAGCGGGCAGACAUGGACCUCAAUCUCAGCCGGGCCGAGGUGGAGCGCUACAAGAACGUGAUGACGUCCAAGAUCCAGCAGUCGGACGAUGCGAAGAACGAGUACGCUAACCAGCUACAGAAGACGAACAAUCUGCAGCAGCAACACUACAGCAUGCUGCUGCCCUCGGUCCUCAAUCGGCUGCAGGAGCUGGACGAGAAACGCACCCGUGGCUUCAGGGAGUUCAUUGUGGGAGCGGCGGAUGUGGAGUCAUCGGUGGCGCCAAUCAUAGCCCGCUGCAUGGAGGGUAUCGUGAAGGCCGGCGAGUCCAUCAACGAAAAGGAGGAUACCUUCAAAGUCAUAGAAAGAUAUCAAUCUGGUUUCACGCCACCAAGGGACAUACCCUUCGAGGAUCUGUCCAAGUGCGAUCCGGAUUCCGUGCAGGACUCACACUACAGCAACUCGACAUCGAACCACCUGACCAUUAGAGGCACGAUGAGUGCCAACAAGCUGAAGAAACGCGUGGGCAUUUUUAACAUAUUCGGCAGCAAUAAGAAUUCCCUGACUGCGGAUGGACAAAAGGAGGACUUCAGCGAUCUGCCACCGAAUCAACGAAGAAAGAAACUGCAGGCGAAGAUCGCCGAACUGACACAGAAUAUCGCCCAGGAAACAAAAGCACGGGAUGGCCUGAUGAAGAUGAAGAUCGUCUAUGAGGCGAACUCAUCGCUGGGCAAUCCCAUGACCGUCGAGGGACAACUGAACGAGUCGGAACACAAGUUGGAGAAGCUGAAAGUGGAUCUAAAGAAGUACCAGGGCUUCUUGGAGAAGGCAAGCCAAGUGCCGACGGCCACCAGUAGUCCGCAGGCGAGUCGAAAUCAAUUGCAAAACGGUCACCGAACCUCUAGACAUUCCAAUGGCAGUGCCGAUGACCAUCAUGAUGAUGGCGACGACCAGCCCGAUGAUGCUGGCAGCUUAAGCAGCAGUUCGGCAAGUCCCGAGAGUGGCCUUGGCACUUCGCACACAUCCCUGCCAGGAUCAGGACAGGGCAGCGCCAACGAAAACGCGAUUGGCGAGGAUACCUACUAUGAAACGGAAGUGGAGACCCUUAAUCCAGUGGGAAAAUGUCGUGCCCUGUAUCCAUUUGAAGCCUCCAGCGAGGGUAGCAUACCCAUGAGUGAGGGCGAGGAGCUGCAAGUGAUCGAGAUCGACCAAGGAGACGGAUGGACGCGGGUGCGGCGGGAGAACAACUCCAAUGGCUGGGACGAGGGCUUCGUGCCCACGAGUUACAUCGAGAUCACGCUCUAUGCUUAGGAUUAAGUUCAUUUUCGGGGCGGGCAAUCAGCCGGGCGGUUUUAAAUGUUACCUACUCAGCAAACUCUUGCGUAUGAUCGAUUGAUUUGUGUACUUUUGUCAUAACUUUGCGUUCUGUCGGACAGCCAUAACACACAAAACAUAACAUAACAGACACAACACGCCUAACUUUCACACAACACUGUACAUUUGACUUAAGCUAAGUUCGAUUCAUUUACCCUUCGUAUGCUUUGUAUAUUUACUUUGAUUUUAAACGUCAUUGAUCUUAUGGUAGUGCAAGCUAUAUCAUACUAUAAAUACUAUAGUCAUAUGCACCUACGAGCAGACCUCACCUAAUUGUAAGCACCGCAACGUUUCCCUCUUCACCACAACAAUCAUGAUAACACCUAUUUAUAUACAUAUAUGGAAAAAGAUUUAUAUGACACUUGAAUACGUGAGAGCAUGAAAAGGAAAACUUAAACUGAAACUUAAACUACAGCCGUUGGACAUUAAAAGUAAUCUUGUGAACACGUUCUCACGUGCAAUCCAUUUGGCAAUGUGUUGAUAAUACUUACUUUUGCACGGUUCUCGGCUUUGGCCUUAGGAGCACCCGUCACCUUUCCCUCAGACCAAUUUGGAAAGGCGGCAGAGUGCGAUUUCCUCAAAUUUAAGCACUAAAACUUUGGUAAAUAUGCAAAGAUCAAGCGAGCGGACAUCGAUCCCAUCCCAUAUAUACACACACACCCGAGACUCCAGGAAAUGUGGGCAAAAGUUAUGGCAAUCCUGCAUGACAUGCGGCAUAUGCAAUUGCGGAAGCAGAAGAACGCGCUAGCUUGUUUUAUAUAAAUAGCAACAAUUGUACAUUUUACUUUAAACCACUCUAUGCAUAAUUCGUAAUCUUAAUUUGAUGAUAAUUUUGUAUUGCUCUUGGCCUUGUACAUUUUCACACACUAUGUUUAAUGGGACGCGAGAAGCGCAUUCAUGCCGAGAUAGUGCAUCGAUUAGUUAUGUUUUAGGAAUCCCUAUACCAUUAAGUUCACAACAUUAAGGCUUAAGUCAAUGCAAAGCCGGGCGGCAAUGACGCCACUUUGCAAUACAUUUAUUUAUACUUUAAUAUGAUAUACCGCUGUAUAUUGGUAAACCACAAUCAAAAACAUGAAACGGAAGUCUGCGGAUAAAGUCCAGGCGGAGCGAGAUAGGUCUUUAGUUAGAUAUUCAGCAGCCUUCAGUAUCUGCAUUUUGUACUUUCAUUUCGCAUAGAUAUGCUACCAUGCUUUAGCAUUUAAGUGUGCAAACAACUGAAACUGAUGAAUUCUGUUUUUCUUACGUUUAAUUACACGAUGUAAACGAAUGACGAUGAACUAAUCUUAGUGCGAACGCAGAAAAUAAAUAAUUCCAAAAUUCUUAAAUUUAUCUAAUUUUAAAUUCGAACCGAAAACAGGCACAUACGUAUUACGCUAUAAUGUUUACGACAUCAAAUGGAAUGAGAGUAAUUGAAUUUAAGUGACAGACUACGGCAAAAGUAUGUGAGAAUCGUCGGCUUAAUAAAAGUAACUACAAUUAAAACAUAAAGCUGAUCAGCAUUUG